AUGACAGGAGUCCGCCGAUCGCAAAGAUGCCAGAACUGCCGCGCAAGGAAAAUCAAGUGUGACCAAAAUUGGCCGAGAUGUGGCCAUUGCAACCGCACGAAUCGAAUAUGUUCUGGACCCUCGCCAUUGACCAAGUUCGUCGACCAAAGCAGCGAUCAUCGCUUGCAGUCCGACAUCAACUGCAAAUCCCAAACUGCUCCCAUCCCCCCAAGCUCUGAGACAGAGGCCGCCAUCCUUGUCAAUCAUCAUCCGCUGAGGCCAUUCAAUGACGGGUUUGCCUCAUACGGCGUCUUUCGUCUAGAGGUGCCCUGUCCCGAGGUACCUCGCGCCAGACUCACCACUUCCGCUGACCGGGUGUCUGCCAGGCUUGUAGGUCUCCUAGAACGAGGUUCUGAAGCCGGCGUGCGUGUACAAAUGAGCUAUCUCCCUUUCCUGCCGCAGAGGCUAUCGCGCAGCGCUUGCUUGCGCGAUUGCACAAGCCUUUUCUGUUAUGCUUGGAAUGGAUAUCGGCGUCGAGAGCCAGUCUCGAAGCUUCUUCUGACGAGCCAUUACAACAAGGCAAUCCGAAGCUUGCAGCUUGCAAUCAAUGGGGGCAAGGCAUACGAUGUCGAGACUCUUUCUGCAAUUGCUCUUUUAGAACGUGCCAGUUCCUUAUUUGGCCAACCACAAAGCGCCUUGGCUCAUAGACGUGCAAUAUGUUACGUCAUUCAAGCAAGAGGAGGUCCAACGAUUGGGGAUGACCUCGAUGUUGCUAUCACCUACGAAAACCAAUGGCUAAAGGCGCUGCCAGCAGUGGCCGAUCCGCCCGACAACGAUGUCCCCUUAGAUCCAGGCUGGCUUGAGGUUAUUGAGAAGUUUCAGUGCGAGCCUCCAGUUGCUGAAGAGUUUUCUUGCUUUUCUGGUGAAUUCUCUUCCAUCAAAGAAGCUGCGGGCAAGAUGAUUCCUUGGAUUGGGGAUAUCGGGCAGAUCUUGGGCAGCCCUGCCACGAUGAAGGGCCUCAACGAGACCUUGGUCCAGGAUCUUUUCCAUCACGGGAAAGUCCUGGAAGCCGUCACCAUCAGAGUUCUAAACAGGGGUCUGGUCCAUGGUUCAAUAAUUGAGAUGCCUGACUUGACCUUUUUUGCAGGUCGCAGGUAUGAAUUUGCGUCCGUUGCUUUGGCUCACUACUUCGCAGGAUUACUCGCCGUGCGAAGAGGCAUUUUAAGGAUAUCCAGUGACCUAGUUGCGCUAUACGGGCCUCCAGACGACAGUAUUCUUGAAAAUUUUCGAGAGCUGUCCAUCCAACAAUGGAUGGUCUUCCCGUACCUCUUACAGAUGAACACGGUGUCGCACCACUUUCUUACACCGUGUAUGAAACCGCCUCUCGAGAUGGCCAGCGGCUACGAAAACGAAUUCCUGGUAGACUUGCUAUCAUCCGCAAACAGACAUCCUACCAAGGUUGAGCAUUGA